UCCUCCAUAAGGCAUAGAAGACUCUCUGCAGUGCCCCUCAGGAUGCCAGGCUGCUGCCCCCUACUGUUACUCCUGCUCCUCCUCCCUCAGCUCCGGGGCUGCCCGUCCCGCUGUGAUGUGUCCCGGUGCCCCAGCCCUGUGUGCCCCAGCGGGUACGUGCCCGAUCGCUGCAACUGCUGCCUGAUCUGCGCUGCCGGGGAAAGCGAAGUCUGCGGCCGGGAAGGAGAUCCACCCUGCGGGGACACCCUGCAGUGCAAGCCGCCCCCUGGCAAGAGAGGACUGAAGGGCACCUGCCAGUGCAAGCACGACUACGAAGUGUGUGCCAACGAUGGGCAGACCUACAACAACCUGUGCCAGCUGAAACUGGCCAGCAGGAGGGCGCUGCAGCAGGGGCACUCACCUGUGGUGCAGGUGCAUAAGGGUCCAUGCCAAUCGGGUCACCAACAUCCCAACAGUCCGAGGUACAAAUUUAACUUCAUUGCUGAUGUGGUGGAAAAGAUUGCUCCGGCAGUGGUGCACAUUGAACUGUUUGUCAGACACCCACUAUUUGGCCGUAAUGUUCCUCUGUCCAGUGGAUCAGGAUUUAUUAUCUCUGACAUGGGAUUAAUCGUAACCAACGCUCAUGUGGUCACCAGUAGUAAUACUGUCUCAGGUAGACAGCACCUAAAAGUGCAGCUCCAUAAUGGUGACACCUACGAGGCAACAAUCAAAGAUAUAGAUAAAAAGUCAGAUAUUGCAACAAUCAAGAUAUACUCAAAAAAAAAGUUACCAGUCCUGCUACUGGGACAUUCGGCAGACCUUAGACCUGGAGAAUUUGUGGUGGCUAUCGGAAGUCCAUUUGCAUUACAGAACACGGUGACAACGGGAAUUGUCAGCACCGCUCAGAGAGAUGGGAAAGAACUUGGCUUGAGAGACUCAGAUAUGGACUAUGUGCAGACAGACGCCAUCAUUAACUAUGGAAACUCUGGGGGUCCUUUAGUUAACUUGGACGGAGAAGUCAUUGGAAUUAAUACUCUGAAAGUGGCAGCUGGGAUUUCCUUUGCGAUUCCAUCCGAUCGCAUCACCAAGUUCAUGACCGAAUCACAUGACAAAAAGUUUAAAGAUGGGAAGAAGCGUUUCAUCGGGAUAAAGAUGCUUACUAUAACUCCUUCACUUGUUGAGGAACUCAAGUUGAACAAUCCAGAUUUUCCCGAUGUGAGCAGCGGGAUAUAUGUUCAUGAAGUCAUGGCCAACUCCCCAUCUCAACGAGGUGGAAUCAAAGAUGGCGACAUCAUUGUGAAGGUUAAUGGACGACCACUGUUGACAUCUGGUGACCUGCAUGAAGCAGUAAUGAAAGAAUCUCCUUUACUACUUGAAGUUCGAAGAGGGAACGACGAUCUUCUAUUUAACAUAGAACCAGAGGUCUCAAUGUGAUUGGGAAGAAUACAAAAGCCAAUAAAACUAAUCUACAAUACAAUGUACAAUAAAGGACAUGAAGCUCUACAAAGUCAAGGUCCACAGAAUGGCAUUUUUAGAAACACCUAAUGAAGGAACCAUUAAACCCAUAUUUUGCAUGGUAUUCCUCACAAAGGCGACUAGUGAAACCUACGCAAAGAAAGUGACAUUCAGUGAAACCUUUCCAAAAGGUCACCUCUUUGAGAAGUCCACCCUUAUCCAGAAUGUAUUUUAUGUGACAGACUUUAGUUUGGCCAUCUUUGAGAAGAACACCCCUUAGGAGCCCGUUUUCAAUGCAAUUUUUGGGUGGUUGACUCAAAGCGGAGACUAUGAGAACUUGCAUUCUGGUGGACUACAUCAUUUAUAUGAGCCAUGUCUGUACUAUACUAAAGGAAAAAAAGAAUUUGCAGGUCAGCCCCCCCAAAAAUGCUGAGCAUUUGUUACUAUAUGAGGUACCAAGACAACUAAGGAGCAUCACAACAUUGUCUUCUGCACGUGACAUUCCUUAGGCGAAUAGAGUAGAACAUAUUGUUAUAUACUGUAAAUGCCAUAGUACAAAAUACAUUGACAACAAGGUAAAAUAUUAUGGCCUAUCCGCACAAAAUAUGUGUAAGUAAAAAGUACUCUAUAUACAUGUAUGAACACCAUUGUAUAGUUUAUAUAUAUAUAGAUGUAUUCUAUGUAUAAUUUUUAAUUAAGUUUGUAAAUACAUUACAUUACUUAUCCUGUACUGAUCCUGAGUUACAUAGUUACAUUCUGUAUUAUACUCCAGAGCUAAACUCACUAUUCUGCUGGUGGAAUUAUUGUGUACAUACAUUACAUUACUUAUCCCUCACUGAUCCUGAGUUACAUCCUUUAUUAUACCCCAG